AUGAAUAUUGGGCUUUGUUUAGAUGAAGGUAUACCAAGUUGUUCAGAAGAUUAUUUAGCAUUUUACGACGAACGUCGUCCAGUUUGGAUAAAUGUACAUUUUCAUGGUAAUGCUGGUCAUGUUCUGGCUUUAAUUGAAAAUACAGCCGCUGAAAAAUUCCGGAUAUUUUUAAAUAGUAUUUACAGUUUCCGCAAAGAAGAACAAUUAAGGUUGGAAAACUCUCUAGGAAAGCUAACAUUGGGGGAUAUAACAACAGUCAAUAUGACAAUGAUAAAUGGAGGUGUGCAGCAUAAUGUUGUGCCUGAACAGUUGUCAGCAUCAUUUGACAUUAGAUUAACUCCUUCAUUGUCACUGGAUGACUUCAAAAGGAAAUUAGAUCAGUGGGCAUUAAAUGCUGGUGGACAGAUUGAAUUCGAAUUCAUCAAUACUGGGGUUGAUCUAAAACAAUCAGUUAUUACCCCAGAUGAAUCCACUAAUCCUUGGUGGGCUACUUUAAUUAGUGUCUGCUCAAAACACGGUAGUAAAGUUCAAAAGAGAAUAUUUCCUGGUGGUACAGAUGCCAGAUUUGUUCGAGAAUAUCAUUUACUUCCACAUGCUACUAAUAACAAACCAAUACAAGCAAUUGGAUUUUCACCAAUCAAAAAUACCCCCGUUUUAUUGCAUGACCAUGAUGAAUGGUUAGAUAAAACAGAAUUUUUGCGUGGAUGUCGAUUGUACUCUGAUCUUGUUCAAGCUCUCGCCGAAUUACCCUGA